GGCAUGAUUCAUGCUGGGCAGUGGUUCUCCUGAUCUGCAUGUCACUCCCAGGGCAGCUGCUAUUGGUGGAGGAGCAGGUGUAGGCACCUCCCUCAAGGGAGGGAGCUACACGGAUUUAGACUCUGGAUGUUCCUAAGAGCAGGCAGAGCUUGGAUUUUCAUAGUCGUAGAAAUGCCUGUCAGAGUGAUUGACAUCAUGGACCUGAAGAAGGGUAUCUUGCUGUCAUCUUCAAACAGAAAGGUGUGCCGUAACCUGUUUGGCCCUGUUGACCGGGAUCAGCUGCAUGCCGAGUACCAAGAAAUUCUGCAGAAGGUGACUCAGGAUUCUGCCCUCAAGUGGGGUUUUGACUUUGUGAAUGAGACCCCACUGGAGGGUAGCAACUACCAGUGGGAACGUGUUCCUAGUGGCAAAGUACCUGCACUGUACCGCUCCUGUUUUGUGACUGCCAGCAUACAGGGAAUAAGGCUGGGGAAGGAGAAUGAGCCAGUUGCACUGGAGCAAACUGGCAAGCCCUUUAGCUGUCAGAAUCAGGAAUCCACCCCCAAGAAGUGCUCUUCUGGAGUCCUCAAAAGGAAACAGACCAACAUUACAGAUUUCUACCAGUCAAAGAAGAUGUUUGUGCAAAGGACGGAGAAGGCUUAGCUGUGAGUGCUGACUACUGAGAGACUAUUCCUUUACUUGGCAAAAGUAGGGGCAAAAGCUAAUUUUUGUCAAUCCAGGCUUUUUGACCUGGGCCUCUUCUGAGAAGUGGACUGACUUAUAAGGAACUACUACCAGUACCAUGGUUGGAGGCACACCCAUCUCAAUAAGAGGCCUGAUUGGACAUUGUUGUUUUCUCCCUUUACCUAUUCCUUACUGUCAGAUGUUGAAUUGUUGCGGAGGGUGGUGUAGUUCUUUCAGUUCAAGUGUAGCAAAUUCCUGAUGCACCUGGUAUGGCAAGAUUUCUUUUCACUUUAUAUUUCUCAUUGGAUGCCAGUGUAGUCUGUAUAUGGAGCUCAGCAAUAUUAUUUAACAUUGUUUUGUGCUUUUUAGGUAAACGGCUGAAGCUAUUUCCUGAAAUAUUUACCUUGGCUAGUAUCCCAAGUUUGCCUUGUAAGAGAAUGCAUCACAUUAAAUGGGGUCUUGAUGCCAUUCCCGGAAGUCUCACUAGGAGAUGUAUAGACCAUGGAUGCCUUGAGCUGCAUGUAACAAUAUGGAAUCUCCAUCGAGUUUAUAUUUUAAAAAAAUUCAUAGGGGCAGCCAGAGUACAAGGAAAUUCUAGCCCUAAGCAGUCAUAUAUAUUUUUUCAGACUCUAUCCUGGGAUGCCCCAUUGUGUCCAGCAAGUUUCAUUCCACUCGAUUUCUUAACUAGAAGCCAAUUUUCACUAUGUGAAUGGGUUUUUGCAUUAGUUAUUUUGUUCCUGUUUUCAGUCUUGUAUAGGAAAUUCCAAAUGGUUUAUAUAUAUAUAUAUAUAUAUAUAUAUAUAUAUAUAUAUAUUUUUAGGCUUUCUUUGAAAUUUGCAAAUGAAACAAGUGUUGAUGCAGGCACAACUUGUCCUAAAAAAUUAUAACAAUAGUUACUUUAUGAUUGACACUUGCCUACUCGCACAGGUGAAUGAACACGCUUCAACAACAUUUAUUUAUAUAGCACAUUUUCAUACAAAUAAUGUAGUUCAAAGUGCUUUACAUGAUGAAGAAAGAGGGGGAAAAAAGACAAAGUAAGAAAAUAAGGGAACACUAAUUAACAUAGAAUAAAAGUAAGGUCCGAUGGCCAGGGAGGACAGAAAAAACAAAAAAAAACUCCAGAUGGCUGGAGAAAAAAAUUUAAAAUCUGCAGUGCUAACUAGGUGUUUAAGAAAAGGGAGAAAAGUUUCCUUAAUUGAUGAUAAUUUGAAUCUAAUUACUCCAGUACAGUGUUGAAGUGGACCACAGCCUGUCACGACAGCACUUUGGCAAGGGCAAAAACUGACACAAGAUGCUAGUCAGCUUGGAGGGCACACUCGCUCAUAAAGGGCUAUUUUAGUGUUGCCAGUCACUCUUUGGGAUUUUCAAAGUAAAUCCCAUUUUCCAUAAAAAGGCAACUUGGGCAAGAGGAGAGGACAUGCAUACUUCACAUACAAUGCUUGAGUUUAGACCUGAAUUCAAACCUCUUGAACUAUUAGACAGAACCACCUUGGUGUCCAUUUAAAGAGUUCAGAAUCUUAGAAAGUAAGCUAACUGAUUUAAGAUGUUUUGUGGACCCAGUAUUGUUGAUGUAUUUUGCUUUAAACCACCAAAUUCCCAAUUCAGUUCCCACCAUAGUUCCUAGUGUGACCUUUAGAAAGUUACUCCUGUUACCAUCGGCUCAUUACAAGACCCCUGACCAAGUGACUUGAAUUCCCUGAGGCCAUUAAGGGCAUGCUAGUUGUCAUAUAGCAUUUUGAGAUGGUGACUACCUACAAACAUGUAUUUUAAAUUUUGCAUUUUGGGUAGUGUCACCUUUUGGCUAAGAUAUUGGACUGUAAACCACAAAGUAGUUGUUUAAGAAAGUAUUUUUUUUUUUUUUUGUUAAUCACACUGCCAAUUCAGGGCUGGCAUUUUCACAGUAUUCACAGCUGUGUAUGUGCAUUGGUAUAUACAAUUGUAAAAAAGAAAUAUGUAUACAUGCAUUGUGUGUAUAUAAUAAUUUAUAAUACGCGUUGUUGUUGUAUGUAGGUUUAAACUGUUAGAACAAUGAAAUAGUUGUAGUGAGAACUGGCAAUUCAGCCCAACAAGUUUUCCAAUCCAAAAAAAACUUCAAAAUGCGUUAUGGUUAAGGUACUGUUCACCGCAGUAUUUGCACUAUUUCCAUGUGUCUGAUUCUCUCUGCAGAAAAACUUCCUACCAUCUGUCUGUGUCCUUGUUUCUGUUAUUUGUCCAUGAAUUCCAAAAUAUCAAACAAGACACCACACCCCUUCCACAUGGGGAUAUAAUUUAUUUUCAUAAUAUAAUACAACUUAAAGUGAAAGAACAAAUGAAAGAAUUCCAGUUUAGUUACAUGGACCUUAACAGUAGGAGAUCACACAUUUUAAAGUAACAGUCUUCAUCCACUGUACUCAUUCCCUUCAUAAUAUGAAACAGUUUCGUCAUGGCACCUUUUUAAUCUCCUUUUGCUUAAAGUGAAAAAGUUCAUCUCCUUCCGUCUGUCAUCUUGACUUUCCCAAAAAUGACUAUGGUUGUACAUGCAUAAAUAUACAUGUAACAUAAAAUAUACAAGCACAAUGUGUAUAAGCUUUUAAAGAAAAUGAAGAUCUUGAUUAGGCUUCAUUGGAUACAUUAAAAGACUAUAUUGAAGAACCCUUUUUUAUUAUUUUCAUGAAAGUGGGAUCAGACCACCUUAAUCAGGCAAGUUUGGUUGACUGGCCUCUAGCUAAGAAACUGGGAAUAAUGGCAACUAGUAGGCACAAAUGCCCAAACCCCCAAGACUGAGUCUGGGCACUGCACUAAACUAUUUAAGAGAGAAUAUCGAUAAAACAAGACUUGACGGCUGUCUCGAUCUACCACCUAUUCUGGGUUGGGAGAGUUCCAGAAAGCUCUUUGGGUGUCUUUCCUGGAGGUUUUUUCUUUUUCUUGAUCUUUUUUUAUUACAGAGGUGUUGCCAUUUGGGCUGCUUACUGAAAAGAGCAUCUUCAGUAAUAAUUUGGUGAUGUGCAAAAGGUAAAAAUUUAAAAAGAAGCAUUAUUUGAAGGCGUUUAAAAAUGAUCAGAGCGCACCACAUUCAGCUGUUCUUGCUCAUUCACAGUAGUUGAAUGCACUUCAGUGUGGCUGUUUCCACACUACUCAGUAAAAGGAAGUACAAGUCAAUUAAUCAUUACAAGCAUUCGGAGUUCUGCCACGUUUCUCAAAUACAAAAAGAACAGAACACCUUGAAAUUGGUGCAGCAGGUUUUAUUCCUUUUGUUUACUAAACAUCUAAUUGCUCAAGGAGAAUUUGUUUUUUGUAAAUGGCUGUCUGCUUCUAAUUGUAGCUCGUCUUAUGGGACUGCUUUGUGAUUCACAGAUGGUUGGCUGCUGACCCCAUGUGGACUGUCAGUUGUGUAUAUAUGUAACUGUGUAUAAAACUAUUGAAGCCUAUUUAUUGUGUAACAGAAAAUUUACUUAAUUAUUAAAAUAAAACUGAGAAUUAA